GCGGAAGGUAUUCGACAUAAUGGAGGAUCAUAACAUCGCAUUUUGAAAAAGGAAAAAAGUUUAGGAAAUUACCAAAAUUGUUAAUUAUUUUGAGUUUGUAUAAUGUUUUGAUGAGUGAUAUUUUCCUCAAUGGCAUGUCUACAAGCCCUGAAACAGGAUAUAAAACUCCUUGAAUCUAUUUUUACGCCUGAAAAUGAACGUUUUAGAAUUCUGUCUGCUUCAGUUGACGAAGUGAAUUGUGAAUUUCUUGGUACUAAAAACGAGUCUCUAAAAAUAAUCGCAAAUAUAACGGAGACGUACCCACAAACUCCUCCCAUAUGGUUCUGCGAAGAUGACAAUGUGGUGGCAACGGCAGCAGUGGAAAGACUCGCCAACCUAGCAGCAGAUAAGAACAAUAUUCUGCAGCAAGUGCGGAUCCUUGUGACAGAGCUGUGCAGUCUUUCAAACGUAGGGUCACCAGCUGGACUCCAUUCAUUGGACAAGAAACUUGAAGAAAAGGGCAUGCUUUCUGUGGAGCAGAGCUCGGAGAGUGAGGAUGAGGAUGAGCUGCACUAUGACAUGGAGGAGGACCACACUAGCAAUGAUCAGAAGGCCAAGGAGGAAGUGGAUGGAAUUGAUACAGAAAACCUUGCAGUGCUGGCGCGCCUGAAGCAAUCACAGAGGGACGAGUACCUUAAGGGCUCUGUAUCUGGCUCUGUGCAGGCGACUGACAGACUGAUGAAGGAGCUGCGUGAAAUAUACAGAUCUGAGAGUUUUAAAAAAGGUGUUUUUACUGUUGAGCUAGUCAAUGACAGUUUAUACGAAUGGCAUAUACGGUUAAAAAAGGUAGAUCCCGACAGCCCUUUGAGCCAAGACUUGGAGUGUUACAAAGAGAAGGAGAACAGAGACCACAUACUUCUUAGCUGCUCUUUUAAAGAGAACUUUCCAUUUGAGCCCCCAUUCAUCCGAGUGAUCAUGCCUGUGUUAAAGGGAGGCUAUGUGCUGGGCGGUGGUGCUAUAUGUAUGGAGCUGUUAACAAAGCAGGGCUGGAGCAGUGCAUACAGCAUGGAGUCCGUGAUAUAUCAGAUAGCUGCCACACUGGUCAAGGGCAAGGCCCGCAUACUAUUUGGAGCCUCAAAGAACCAAUAUAGCCUAGUAAGAGCUCAACAGUCUUUCAAAUCUCUGGUGCAAAUCCAUGAGAAAAAUGGAUGGUUUACACCCCCUCAAGAGGAUGGAUAGCAGACUGUGACCAUUGAGUGCUGACUAAUGUUUUCUCUGUUGUUUUACCGGUUUUGUUUCAUUCUUGAAAGUAUGUUCAACCUGGACAACUGCUGGGUAUGCUUCGUAAACAAGCCAGCUCUAUGUGUGGUUGCCAUUGCUUCAAGCAAUUGUAACUGCCAUGAUUUUCGUGAAGUGUAUUUAUAUUGCAAACUUGUACAUGUUUGUUGCAUGUUUAUUUCAUAUGAUACAUAAACAAUGACUUUGGUCAAGACUUUCUUGUACAACUUUGUGGAUCAUUGUUACAUAUUUGUGAAGACUUUUUUUUGUUUUGAGAAUAAAAUGUAAACAAAGUUUUGAAAAACAACAACUAACCGGUUUAAAAAAGCUCUCACAAUUUUUUUCCCUUAAUAUUGUUUUCUCAUGCCUUUGUUUAGAAUGUAUCUGUCAUGUUUUGCUUAUUUAGUUAUAUUGUUAGAUCCAUCAAAUAAUGAGGAGUCUAUGUUACCUUACUCAGGGCUUGCAAGAAGAAUAAAAAGUUCUUGAACUUUGUACUGAGUCUUUAAAAAGUCCUUAAAUUAGAAACUUCAAAAACAUUUCUUAAAAUGUCACGGAAUUUGUUAAAAAUAUCCCUUUUUAUAGUAAAAAAAAGAAAAAAUUGUCAUAAAAUUGACACAUUGUUAAACAAUAGAUAUUGUGUUUGUUGAUGUUAGGACUUUCUUUGUCAGUUAAUUUUGCAUAUGUAUUUAUCAUACUAUGCAACAAUAAAAAUCUGAGUUAAUGUAUUGAGCUGGUUAAAAUAUGCUAAUGCAUACAUACUAUUUUAUAUAUAUAUGCAUGAAAUACCUGACAAGUUAUAGUGUGAUCCAGAUGAAUUGCGAUUGCGAUCCAUGGAUCAUUCUAAACUCCAUCUCCCAUUAUAUAAUAGAUUACAAGGAAUGCAAUUAAUGUAAUUAGAGAAUGGAAUUAACUGAAUGUGAACCGUACAAACAUAUUUUAAAUGUUGUUGUAAAAACAGAUCAAGUAUGUAGGAAACUAUUAUUUUGAUAGUUUUUACAGAUAAUAUACCUACAUCUUAAAGCGUAUUAUGGUUUGAGUAUAUGAUAUAAGCUCUUUGCUAUGAUUUGUACAAAAAAUGUUUGUUUGGAUAUUUUCUUUAAGGAUCAUUGAUUUUACUAGUGCUUCAAAGAUUGAGAAAAAUUCUUGAAAAAAUAGGAAAAGUCCUUAAUCCUUAAAUUUGGUUAAGGAUGUUUUGUAUGAACAGCGCUACUAGAGGGAAAGUGGGAUUUCACCCUUGUUGUAGUUAUGAAAUUACUCUCCUGGAUAUGAAGUAAUAAAUGAUCAUAGUUUCACUUGACAUGUUCAUGAACCUGUGGGUUGUAUUAUAGAUGUAAAACAGAUCUACAUAAGAGUGGGCUGCAGGAAAAUUUUGAAAUAGUUUAAAGGAUUGUUUGUCACCAGAUGAAAAUUAGCUACGUAUUCUCUGCUUAAUCAUAAGUCUCAUUCACAAAAGUUUAUGCUGAAAAUGGUUUAAUUCCUUCAGAUUUAAUGUGAUUGUUGUGUUGUUUUUUCAAAGAAAUAAAUUCAGCUGGUUUUUUUCUGGUACCGUAAUUAAGAAUAUAUAUCUAGCAGAGACAGUAUUUACUGACAUAUAUUAAACUCCAACAUUGCUAAGAAUAAAUAUUAAUUAAAUAUUGUACGUGAAGAUAUAUUGAUACAAAGCACAACACAAAUUCCGUCCUUUGUAACAAAAUUUAUUUUAUGCACAAGGAGACCGUCAGCCAACAAAACCUGUAUUUGACAACAAUUUUUGAUCGUGCAAUAAUUCUUGUACAAUAGUAUCAUACAUUUCUUUUAUUCAUCAUGUGAUAACAGUGAAAAUAAGAUAUCAAAUAAUGGAAAUAUUCACUUCAUAUGACCUGUGUCCUGCAAAAAAGGAUCCUUUGCCAUAUGUGCAGCUAGCGUAGAUCCAGAUAACUAUUUUGUACAAGAAUGCCAAACCUUUUCCGAUCUAAUACAAACAUGUACUUCGAUAUAAUAUGUUAUUGACAUUGUAUAUUUGCUUCUUUUUAUUCUCCAUUUGUUUGAGCGUUUACCUCAUUUUUAUUCCUCCACAAACAAAAUUUUGAAGUGGCUUAUACAAGAGUCACUUUGUUGGUUGGUAGAUCUUAUAGAAUUUAUUGUGGUUUUCUUUAUUUGUUUACUUAAUAAUCUUCUAUAUGAUCAGAUUAAAAAUGAACAGUAUAAGUUUGAAAACCAAUGACAGUUGGAAUGCCAUAUUCUUGUAUGGGUUAAUCUUCAUUUCUACCUUGAAGAAGAAUAAUUUCUGAACCUUGUCCUUCAAAAAUGGGUAAGAUGCCACAUGCUCAGGCUGGUCAGGAACCAAGCUGGUUGCAUAUGGCAUAUUAACCAUUUUCGGAGAAUGCUGCUCUUAAAAAGCUUAUUUUCUGCUGAAGUGGACAAUUUGUGUUUUGCCUUUGCUUUGAACAUUGUUGCAGGCUACAAUAGUUUGACUGGUUCACACUGAAUCAGACUCCUUAUAGUAUGGUAGCCUAACAUUUAUUAUCUCUUUCUUAAUACUUAUGAAAUAGCAAUAUAUUGUUUAUCUGGUUCAAUUGAUAAUUUAAAUACAAUGUAUGUGGUUUCUGUGAAUUCCUUAUCCCAUGUGUAAUGCUGUUCAAAAAUGAAAAAUAUUCUGUGUUUUUAUGAAGAACAUGGGCUUUAAUACCUUAAUUAAUGUUAUGUAGGUACAUACCUAUUAUGGUUUGGCAGUCAUUUUUGUUAAUUUAAAUUAUUGCUAGCUAUUUUAUUUUCCACGAAAAACAGGACCUGUAUUUGUAAAUUUGUUUGCAGUUAACAUUUUUGGUUUCAUUUUAGGAAGCAAAACAAAUAAUUCUGUGCUUAAAUAAUCACAUUUAACCGUGCUCAAAUAUGCAUGGUCUUCAUACAAAUUUUGUGCAUAAAGACUGGUGUGUUAUGUUUGUUAUUCCUAUGUGAAACACUGGAAGUUUUUUUUCGGUGGGCUAGUUUUAUUUUUUUUAUGGGACUUUUCAAUGUAUGCAUUCUGACAUUUUGUCUGUUGACCUUAAAGAGAAUCUUAUUAAACAGGUGGCUAUAUUUAUUAGUAAUUACCAACUGAUGGAACACAGACAUAGAUAUUCUACAUAAUCCAGACAGGAAAGGUCAAGGGCUAAUCACUUAUUUAAGGCUUUAACUGACAUUUUGAAUUCAUAGUCCAUGUCCGUUGUAUGAUUUAUCAAGAAUUUUGUUUAAGAGGUUCAAUUUGAAGAAUGAUUGACGUAAGCCAGCUGUUUCUUUGUUAUAUUUUGUUAAUUUCGGAUUCAUACUUUUUCUGUAAAUUGUAUGUAUAUUUUAUGACAGAACGAUUAUCCAUUAAAUAUUUUCAUAAACGAAA